CAGGAGAGAGCAUCGUCAUCAUCAGCAGGAGUCAAAGCUCUCAUUCUCUCUCUACUCUCGCUCUUUAUUCUCCGCGAUUUAUCCAGGUUCCUGUGUAGCAUAUAAGGAAUCAAUAUAAUAAGUGUUUGGCAGAGAGUGAUUACUGGACUGAGUUGGGAAGGUUUUGACCCAACUGUGAUAUUCCAGCCAACAAGAAAUUUGGCAUACUCUAUUGUGCUUCUCAUUAUUUUAUUCUAAUUUCUUUCUUCUACUGGAGAUCAGUGCAUAGCCUCAAAUUUAGAGGGCAUCAUGAACGUGCAGUAUCUCUCUCCAAUAAUCCAUUGGCAAGCAAGGCUUGAAUAACUAGGUGGAGAUAGUGCCAGUUUAAUCUCAACAAUUUAGAUGCAACUUGUAGCAAUGCAAUUGUAGAGGUGUUUGGUCUCAGUUUCCUUAUUAUUAUCAUCGACUGGUUUAUUAUCUGAAAUUGGGGGCAUUUAAGGAGAAUCUCUGGCAGUAUUGGGCAUUUUUGCAACUCUCACAUGUUCUUAAUGGUUCUCCCCAAGUUCAAACACUGUUGCUGAAGGAUUUUCUUUCGCAAAGUAAGACUUGGAUCUGACAUUUUGUACUUAAUCAGUUGUUGAAGAAAAUAGGUUUUCCAAUCUAGAGAAGUACAACUUGGGGUGUUUUUCAUUGUGGCUACGAUGUUGGGUUGCUUGCCAGUUAGACUGUACUUUGUGGCUUCUAUGAAGGUUCAUUGACUUCGAUGACUCAUGGUCAGAUGUAAAUUGUUUGAGACUUUACGAUGGUGGAUAGAAAUUGUCGCUUAUAGUAGGGUUGAUGCUGGAGGCAGUAUGCCGGUGAUUGUGAGGAGAGAUGCAAAGGUAUACUGCUGCCAGCUGCGGUGGUGGAGUUAGCAAUAGUGCUGUUGGCGGGGGUUCUGCAAGGGAUUCCACGAGAGCGGAUUCUUCUUUUUCACCAAACUUUUCACUGAAUCCAAGCAGGCGAUCUUUACAGCUGACGCCAUACAAGCUUAAAUGUGACAAAGAGCCUUUGAGUAGCCGUCUUGGACCACCUGACUUUUACCCCCAAACUCCAAAUUGCCCUGAAGAGACGCUAACCAAGGAAGUUCUUCAAUCUGGUUAUCGGGAAACAAUUGAUGGCAUCGAGGAGGCUAGAGAGAUAACACUUACCCAAAUCGGAACUUUGUCGAAGCCUGUGAUAGUCAGAUGCAAAGAGGCAAUCAGAAAACGUCUGAGGGCUAUCAAUGAAUCUCGUGCCCAAAAGCGCAAGGCUGGACAAGUUUAUGGUGUUCCUCUUUCUGGGCCAUUGUUGAUAAAAUCUGGUGUUUUUCCAGAACAACGACCAAGUGGGGAAGACUUUCGAAAGAAAUGGAUUGAGGGAUUAUCGCAGCAGCACAAGCGUUUGCGUUCUUUGGCGGACCACGUCCCUCAUGGAUACAGGAAACGGUCUCUCUUUGAAGUUCUUAUUAGGCACAAUGUCCCCUUGUUGAGAGCAACUUGGUUUAUCAAAGUCAAUUAUCUCAAUCAGGUGCGACCUGUUCCCUCUGGAGGCCCAGACAAAACUCAAUCCAAUCGUACAGAGCUAUGGACCAAGGAUGUCAUAGAUUAUUUGCAACACCUCUUAGAUGAAUUCCUUCACAAUGAGGGUUCUCAUUCAGUUCCCCAUAGUAGGGAUCACUCGCCACAAACACAGUUGCUUGGCACUGGUCAACACCAUGGGGGGGAUUCGAUACAGGUCAUUUCGGAUGGAGAGGAGCCUGCGCUACAGUUCAAGUGGUGGUACAUGGUGCAGAUCAUUCAAUGGCACUAUGCAGAAGGGUUACUUCUUCCUUCCCAAAUUAUUGAAUGGGUUCUCAGUCAAUUGCAGGAAAAUGAAUCCCUAGAAGUAUUAAAAUUGCUCCUUCCUAUUGUAUAUAACUUAAUAGAGAGCAUUGCACUUUGUCAAUCAUAUGUGCGGAUGCUUGUGGACAUAUCAUUACGUUCUUUAGAAGAGCUUGCUACUUGGGUUUCAAAUCCAGUGGAUAAUUCUCUGAGGUCUUAUGUGGCAUCCUCCUUAGCUGAAUUGCUACAAUAUCUGAUUCUUAAUGUACCUGAUACCUUUGUUGCCCUGGACAGCUUUCCCUUGCCAUCCUGUGUAUUUCCUGAUUCUAAAAAUGCCAGUGCUUUAGUGACAAUUUCUCCCGAUGUAAGAAAAGGUCAGUCUGGUUCUGCAGAGAAUUUCAAUAAGGGAACUAAGAAAGGAAGAUUUGUUUCAGGUCGCCAAGUGGCCUUUAGGCAUGUGGUUUCAGCCAUUCAAAUCCGUGCUGCGCAUCUCACAAAGGCUGUGAGUCCUGGCCUUCAAGGUCAUCUUGAGGCUAAACUUGUGCAAUCCUUGGACAAGACUUUGAUCCUGGGAGAUGUGAGAGGUGCUCAUAACUCUGUUUUUGAAGACGUUUGUGAUGCAGAUGCUGCUGAAGGGUGGAUUUCAGAAGUGAGUCCAAAUUUACAGUCAUGCUUGAAGUGGAUUGGAAUAGUUAGUCAAUCACUGAUUUAUUCAGUGUUUUUUCUAUGCGAGUGGGCUACAUGUGAUUUCAGGGAUUUCCAUACUCCCCCUUCAUCUGAUGUAAAAGUUACUGGUAGAAAAGAUAUUUCUCAAGUAUACAUGGCAGUUUCUCUUCUGAAGUUGAAAAAGGAAGAAAUAUGCAUCUCAUUACUCAACAAGGAUAGAUCCUCACCUGGUGCCAGUGUUCCUGGAAAGGGUUCAUUGCUUGAUAAGCCUUUAGGCAAUGCUGCCCUGGAAAAUCCUAGUAUGAUAAAAGGCAGUUCAAGGAAAUCAUAUGGCAGCACAGAUUCAUCAGACAUAUUUCAGAGUCCUGGUCCAUUGCAUGAAAUUGUUGUAUCUUGGCUUGAUCAGCAUGAUACAGGUAAAGGUGAAGGGUUUAAACGUCUUCAAGUGCUCAUUAUUGAGCUCAUUCGUUGUGGUAUAUUUUAUCCCCAGGCAUAUGUUAGGCAACUGAUAGUUAGUGGAAUAAUGGACAAGGUUGAUACUCCAGCAGAUGUUGACAGGAGGAAGCGACACAUUCGAAUCUUAAAGCAGCUUCCAGGGCACCAUUUAUUUGAUGCUUUGGAAGGAACAAGGGUUGCUGAAGUGUUAGUUUCUCCUGAAGCAGUGCAUCAGUACUCGAACGAGCGGCGACUUGUGCUUCAAGGGUUUAUGUCACAUUCAAGAAAUGAAAAUGAUGGGUCUUCGAAUUUUGCGUCCCAGAUGCAAAAGGACCACCAUUUAAAUAUAGGGAAGGAUGUGUUUUUAUCUUCUUCAUUUGAUCAAAGGCAGAAUUCCCAAGCAGUUCACAGUCCUUUGUCUGGUAAAUCUACAAUAAUAAAAGUUGGAGUUGCGGAGCUUAAGGCCUCUAUUUCGGUUUUGCUGCAGUUACCAGAUUUGCGCCAUGCUUGGAAGGACAAACUGUACCCAUCUCAGGGGAAUCUAAAGAGGCCUGCUAGUUCUCCUGGAUCCUGUUUGGAGAUGGGUGAAGGAACUCCUGGUUGUGAGGAAUGCAGAAAGAUCAAGAGGCAUAAGCUAAGUGAUGAACGGAGUUCAUAUUUGCAAGGAUAUUUGUCCAUACCUUCAGAUGAUGAAGAUACUUGGUGGAUGAAGAAGGGGCCUAAACCAUUGGAGUUGGCCAAAAUUGAGCAGCCUGUGAAGCCAAUCAAACACACUUCUAGGGGUAGGCAGAGAAUUGUUCGCAAAACCCAAAGUUUGGCUCAUCUUGGUGCCACUAGAAUAGAAAGUAGUCAAGGGGCAUCUUCGAGUCAUGUAUGUGAGAAUAAAAUAAACUGUCCCCACCAUAGGUCUAGUUUGGAAGGAGAAAACCCUAAGAUCAGGAAUGGGUUGAAAGCAAUGCGUACUGGUGAUAUUAUUGCUCUGGGAAAAGCUUUGAAACAAUUGAGGGUGGUGGAGAAGUGGUCUAUUACCAUUUGGUUGAGGUCUAUGAUCAAGCAGCUAGUUGAAGGUAGAGAAAAGGCCAAUACCAACAUGGGCCAAUCCUUUGGACCUUUUUCUCCUGCAAGUGACGAUAAGAAUGCAGUUCGAUGGAAGCUAGGUGAAGAUUCCCUAUCUUCCAUAUUGUAUCUGUUGGAUGUCUCGUCUGACUUGUAUUCUGCAGUAAAGAUUUUGCUCUGGUUGUUACCAAAGGCUUCAAGUGGUCCAAAUUUACCUGUUCAUAGUGGCAGAAACAUUUCAGUCCUACCUGGGAAUAAGGAUGGUGACUCAUGUGAAGUGGGGGAGGCCUUCUUGCUUUCAUGUCUUCAAAGGUAUGAGAAUAUACUCAUUGCAGUGGAUCUCCUUCCCGAAUUACUCUCAGCUGCAAUGCAUCGAGCAAUGGUGGCUAUGACAUCACAUGGAAGGGUUUCUAUCUCGGCUGCUUUUAAUUAUGCCAGGGUUUUACUGCGGAGGUAUGGCAGUGUGGCGAGUGUGAUUAAAUGGGAGAAGAAUUUCAAAGCAACCUGUGACCAGAGGCUCCUUGCUGAACUUGAAUCUGGGCGAUCCCUCGAUAGUGAUUUAGGAUUUACGCUCAGUGGGCUACCUUCAGGAUCUGAAGAUUUUGAUGAUUACUUUCGACAAAAAAUAAGUGCAGGAAGAUUGUCCCGGGCGGGGCCCAGCAUGAAGGAAAUAGUGCAACGGCAUAUUGGGGAAGCUGCACACUACAUAGUUGGCAAAGAAAGGAAACUCACUGCUUUAGCUCCUCGAAGUUUCACCAUUGAAAAAUGGGAUGAGGAGUAUCAGAGUGCCCAUCACAUUGUUUCGGGUGUUAUAGACUGUAUCAGGCAGAAUGGGGCGGGAGCCCAACAAGUCGAAGUGGCAGCCGCUGUUUCUGCAAUUGUUGGGAAUGUGGGUAAUGCCACAAAUAACAUACUGGAGCUGGCAUCAAGCGCCACUUACUCAGGUUCAGCUUCGACCCUGAGCUCAUUCUCACUUAAUUGUGCAAGGCGUAUUAUGCAAAUGCACACGUGUUGUCUCUGCUUAUUGAAGGACGCUCUUGGUGAGCGCCAUACCCGUGCCUUUGAGAUUGCUCUUGCAACAGAGGCUUCAUCUACUAUUGCUGGAGCUUUCUCCCCUGGCAAGGUUCCUCGAAGCCAAUUCCAGCUUUCUCCUGAAACCUCAGAUACAAAUUCCAAUUUGCCCAAUGAACUUAUGAGCAGUUCUGCAAAAAUAAUUUUGGGAAGGCCCACAAAGGCAGCAGCAGCUGCCUCUGCAUUGGUCAUUGACUCCAUCAUUCAUGGAAUCACCAACCUUGAAAGGAUGGUAACGGUCCUCAAAUUAAAGGAGGGGCUGGACUUCAUACAAGUCAUAAGGGGUACGAGAUCCUGCUCAAAUGGGCUUCCUCGUUCAAUGGGUAAUUACAAGGCUGACAACUCCAUGGAGGUAUCUGUGCACUGGUUUAGGCUACUUGCUGGUAAUUGCAGAACUGUUUUUGAUGGUCUAGUUGCUGAGUUCCUUGGUGAAACAGCCAUCCUUGCUUUUUCAAGGUUGCAGCGAAUGCUUCCUCUUAACUUAGUCUUUCCCCCUGCAUAUUCAGUCUUUGCCAUGGUGAUUUGGAGGCCUAUCAUCAUGAACAGCCACACUGCAACUCGAGAAGACAUUCAAUUGUAUCAGUCUCUAUCCUCAGCUAUCGGUGAUGUUAUCAGGCACCAACCGUUCCGAGAUACUUGUUUGAGAGAUACACAUGCCCUCUAUGUUCUUCUAGCUUCUGAUUCUUGCGACUCCGAGUUUGCAUCAAUGCUGGAAGUGCAAAAUAUUGACAAACAUGUGAGAAUAAUGGCAUUUGUACCCCUCAGAGCCAGGAUGUUCCUAAAUGCUGUUCUCGAUUGUAGAAUGCCAACUAAUCCCUUGCAAGAUGAUGGGGUCUGGGCACAUGGCCAUGGGGAAUCAAAAGUGUCGACUGAGAGUGAGCUGAAGCUUCAGAAUCAACUUGUGCAUGUUUUAGACACCCUGCAACCGGCAAAGUUCCAUUGGCAAUGGGUUGAGCUGAGGCUUCUUUUGAAUGAACAAGUUCUUAUUGAAAAAGUUGAUGGACAUGGCAUCUCCUUAACAGAGGCAUUGAGAUCUCUUCUGCCAAAUGCUGAUAAUGGUGAGCUAUCCGAGAAAGAAAAAACUUUUACUGAAAUUAUUUUGACGAGAUUACUUGUCAGACCAGAUGCUGCUACUCUCUAUUCAGAAACAGUUCAUUUACUUGGGAAAUCAUUGGAGGAGUUGCUGCUGCUUCAUGCAAAAUGGGUUUUAGAAGGCCCUGAAGUACUUUUGGGACGCAAGUCGCUUAGGCACAAGCUCAAGAACCUUGCUCAGACUAAAGGUUUAUCGACUAAAACCCAAAGUUGCAAGCCUUGGGGCUGGUCUACUUCAAUGCUUGAUGCAACUGCAAAAGAAAAUGAUAAAAGAAGGUUAGAGGCCACCUCUCUUGAAGAAGGGGAAGUCGUGGACGAUGGGUUAGAUACUAAAAAGACAGGCAAACAAGCUUUCCAAGGACUCGAAAUGGAUGGCUUUAAUUCAGGUCAACAGUUUGUGACUGAGAAGGCUCUAGCAGAUUUGGUGCUUCCAUGUCUGGACAGAAGUUCUAAUGAUUCCCGAAAUACUUUUGCGAGUGAUCUCAUCAAGCAGUUGAACAACAUUGAGCAGCAAAUAAGCUUGUUUACGCGUGUUUCUGGUAAGCAGGCAGCUGCAGCUGCUUCUGGAGGAGAAGGCAGUGGAAACAAAGGUGGUGCACGUAAAGGUAUAAGAGGAGGGAGUCCUGGAUUGGCUAGAAGAAUAACAGGGGCCUCAGAAUCUGCUCCACCUUCUCCUUCUGCAUUGCAAGCUUCCAUGUGGUUGAGACUGCAGUUAUUGUUAAGGUUGCUUCCCAUUAUUUAUGCAGACAGGGACCCAUCCAAUCGAAAUAUGCGGCACAUACUUACUUCAGUUUUGCUGCGUCUUCUCGGAUCCCGUGUUGUGCACGAGGAUUCUGACUUGCCUUUUGCACCUCUCCCAAAAUAUCCUCAGUCCAAGAGGGAGCCAGAUUCUUCAUUAGAAGCUCCUUUGGGUGCCUCAUCCUUCGGCCUCUCUGGGGACAGCCUUUUUGACAGAUUUUUGUGUGUGUUGCAUGGUUUGCUGAGUAGUUACAGGCCGAGUUGGCUGAAGACCAAGUGCUCUAAGUUGUCAGCUAAAUCGUCUCGGGAUUUCAUACCAUUUGAUCGUGAGCUGGUGGAGCGUAUGCAGGUUGAAUUGGAUCACAUGCAGCUUCCGCCUACCAUUCGCCUCCGGCUCCAAGCUGCAAUGCCAAUACUCCCUCCAACCCAACCAUUCUCCUUCUCAAGCCAACCGCCCUCACCAUCCAUAACAACUCUUCACUCACUUCAUAUUGGCACUCCAAAUCCCACUUUCUCUCCUAGUGCUUUGACCCCACCCCCGAAAGCACCUGUUCCUUCUAUUCGAGCCUCAACCACAAGUAAAAGCAAGCCUAUUUCACAACUUGACCCUGACUUAGAAAUUGACCCAUGGACUUUGCUUGAAGAUGGGACAGGGUCCGCUUCAGGGUCUGGGUCUGGGUCCGGGUCUAGCAGUGCGGGUGUGGGUGUGGACCAGGCUAACUUGAAGGCAUGCCCUUGGCUCAAAGGGGCUGUCAGAGUGAGAAGAACCGAUCUCACUUAUGUUGGAACGUUAGAUGAUGAUACGUAAUGAUUUAUCUCAUUGAUUUUGGCUUUGAAGAAAGAGAAGACAAACCCCUACAGCCCCCUUAUACACACAGGGUUCAGCAUGAAAUAAUUUAAGAUGAGAGCCUUGAGGACCCUUUUGUCAAAUCUUGAGGUUAAUAGGUGUUCUUAGAGAGAAAGAGGAUGUGGGUUUUCAGGGCUUUGUAAUGGGGGGUGCUGUAGGGUGGGGGGGGCGGGGAAGGGACACAUGGCCCGGCCGGCGGGCUUCUAACCAUUUCAAUUGUCUCCCUUUUGCACGCCAUUAUAGGCUUGUUUACCGGGGCUGUUGUAUAUAUAGAUUAUGUUCUAUUUUUCCCAAUUUGAGAUGGGCAAAAAAGCCUCAGAAUGGUCUGUAGGUGUUGUUGAGCUCUCGAAAGUUAUGUUUCAAUUUUCUACUUGCAUUUGUUACUUCUGUUUUCCCUUGUUUUCUUCUUUUCAGUUUGAAUGUGUAAUAUGCGUGUUUUGCGUAUAGAAAAAUACCACAGGCUA